AUGAGUGAAACGGGACCGCAAGUUAAGAUUAGAGAGGCCACAAAGGAUAAUGUGGAUUUUAUUUUGUCCCAGGUGGACUUGGCAAUGGCUAACUCGUUGCGUCGGAUAAUGAUGGCAGAGAUUCCCACUUUGGCGAUAGAUUCUGUGGAGAUAGAGACAAAUACUACGGUUUUGGCCGACGAAUUCAUUGCACAUAGACUUGGGUUGAUCCCUUUGCAAAGUACAGAUAUCGAACAACUGGAAUACUGUCGUGAUUGUUUCUGUGAAGACCACUGUGAUAAGUGCUCUGUGGUUCUAACUUUACAAGCAAUUGGUGAGAGUGAGAGUACGACAAAUGUUUAUGCUAAGGAUUUAGUCAUUGUCUCUAACUUGAUGGGGCGUAAUAUAGGGCAUCCGAUUAUACAGGAUAAAGAAGGAAACGGUGUGCUGAUCUGUAAACUAAGGAAAGGUCAAGAAUUGUCUAUGAAAUGUGUGGCCAAAAAAGGUAUAUCGAAGGAGCAUGCAAAGUGGGGGCCCGCUGCGGCUAUAGAGUUCGAGUAUGAUCCUUGGAACAAGUUAAAGCAUACGGAUUAUUGGUACGAACAAGAUAUCUCCAAAGAAUGGCCACUAUCAAAAAACAGUGAAUACGAGGAUCCACCAAAUAAGGAUGAUGCAUUCGACUACAAAGCCAAAGCCAAUACUUUUUACAUGAACGUUGAGACUGUGGGGUCAAUCGCUACGGAUCAAGUGGUACUGAGAGGUAUCGACACUUUGCAAAAGAAAGUCGCAUCGAUUCUAUUAGCAUUGAACCAGAUGGAUCAAGAAAGGGUCAAUUUCGGUACUGCCAACAAUACAGGAGCCAUCCAGGAUGCUGGUAACGUUGACGUUGCCAUGGAUGGUGUACAGGACCAAAAUCCAUACAGUAAUGGAGGUGGUGCGUAUGACGAAGCAUGGUGA